UCCGCUAAAGAUCCUCCACAUCCCGACUGGAAGCUUCAGCUCUCAGCCGAGCGGAGCUGGCCAGAGUCUGCCCGGGUCUUCACCGACCAGCAGCAACCUCUUUCUGCCGCAUCAUUCCAGGGGGAGGGCGGGUGUGUGUGUGUGUGUUUGAAGAAGCCAGGCUUUUGGGACACCCGUGUAUCUGUGGGUAUAAAGGAGGACGGGAGGACCGAGCGAUGUCUUCUUCUGCGCCGGGUUUCACAAACCUGCACAGCUCCGUCAGCUACAGCCAGAACUCAUCGACACCGAACGGAGGAGAUGCGCGCGCAUACCAGAAUGGUCCAGCACAGACAUACCAAUCCAUGCAUCCACCUACAGGCUGCUAUGGAGCCCCACCUCAACAACAGAACUACCCCAGUCCUGUUCCCAACAAAGCACCCAUCACGAACAGUGCCCACAGUGCUAACUACUACCGGAGCAACCACCAUCAGCAGCAGCAGCAGCAUCCGCAGCAGCAGCACCACCUCUCUCAGCAUCAUGUAGCAGCCUCCCCAUACAGUGCUUCUCCAAGCUCUGCUCCUCCUUCUCAGCCAUAUGCCACCCUCCCCUCUUCAGCACCACCUCCAACAACUGCCCACUACAACCAACAGCCAGUGCAACAGCAUCCACCACCGUAUGCCCCUCCAGGAUCCUACUAUGGACCGCAGUCAUACCACGCUCCCCCAGCACAGCAAUCUCACCACCACCACCAGCAGCAGCAGCAGCCCGGUUUGGUGCCUGCACCAGCUGUCGGCCACGGAGCUCCCGUCUACCCAAUCGUUUCGUACCCGUCUGCGCCAGGAAGUAGCCAGUUUGGCACCCUGAGUUCCUCCCAGAGCACCUCCGCGCAUGGAGUCAUGCCCACCCAGAUGGGUGCACCCCUACAUCAGUACAGCACCACCCGGCCAGCCUCCACAGCAGCAGUGCAGCCUGGGUACAGCGUGACUCCUCCCAGUCAGCUGACGCCGACGGUCAAUGGUCAAGGAAGCACAGGCCACCAACACUAUGACCAAAGCCACCCGGCUGCUCUGAGCUACGACUCCUACGGUGGGGUUAUUCACAGCGGUGGUGCCGCAGACCGGCCGGCCUCAGGAACGCCCUCCACUUCAGUCCAUUCCUCGCCGGGCCACCACCAAGGCAUGCAGUAUGGAUAUGUUGCUAAUAGUGGAGCUAGCUCUGCCUCUGCCACCACCUCAGGCCCGGCCGCAGCCCCCUCGUCAUCCAGCUCUGAGGAUGAUGAUGAUGAUGAGGAGGAGGAGGAGGAGGAUGAGGAAGCAGGUGGUGACACUUCCUCCUCCAGCACUGGCAGUGCCUCUCCGGUGCCCAACAGCUACGAUAACCUGGAAGGGGGCAGCUAUGCAGAUUCCAUGCCGCCCUCCGACCACAUGACCAACCAGGCCCCGCCCUAUGCUAGCUACGGUUACCCCGGCAUGCAGCCGGCCUACCACCAGGGACCGGCCGCCCUCCCCGAGUCGACCCCGUCUCAAGACCCGUACGGCCAGUCCGGCUACCAGCAGUACUCCCAGCCAUUCCCAAACAUGUCCCAGCUGUCUGCGGCCCUGGGGGGGGUGAGCGGGGUGCCUGAGCUGGAGGUGGAGGCCCUGAGGCCGGUCAACCUGGUGCAGGAGAGGAACCUGCUGCCCCCGAGGCCCCUCUCAGCCCCGGAACCCAACCUCAGCCCCGACCUCAAGAAGGUCAACUGUUGUCCUCAGUCCUUCAGGUGUACCCUGACCAGCAUCCCUCAGACCCAGGCUCUACUCAACAAGGCCAGGCUCCCUCUGGGCCUCCUCCUCCACCCCUUCAGAGACUUACAGCAGCUGCCGGUGAUCACGUCCAACACGAUCGUGCGCUGUCGCUCCUGUCGCACCUACAUCAACCCGUUUGUCACCUUCCUCGACCAGCGCAGGUGGAAGUGCAACCUCUGCUAUCGGGUCAAUGACGUUCCAGAUGAGUUCAUGUACAAUCCGGUCAGCCGGUCGUAUGGCGAGCCCCAUAAGAGACCGGAGGUCCAAAACGCCACCGUGGAGUUCAUCGCCUCCUCGGACUACAUGCUGCGGCCCCCUCAGCCUGCAGCCUACCUGUUUGUUCUCGAUGUGUCUCACAAUGCCGUGGAAGCAGGUUACCUUAAGUACUUCUGUGAAUCACUUAUGGACAACCUGGACAAGCUGCCGGGGGAUACUCGCACCAGGGUGGGCUUCCUCACCUUCGACAACACCAUCCACUUCUACAACCUCCAGGAGGGACUGUCCCAGCCGCAGAUGUUGGUGGUGUCGGACAUAGACGACAUCUUCAUACCGUCUCAUGACAGUCUGAUGGUGAACCUGAAGGAAGGCAAAGAGCUGGUGAACGACCUGCUGACGUCUCUGCCGGGCAUGUUCAGCGAGAGCAAGGAGACCCACAGCGCGCUCGGCCCGGCGUUGCAAGCCGCCUUCAAGCUCAUGUCGCCCACCGGGGGCCGCGUCACCGUAUUCCAGACCCAGCUGCCGACGCUGGGGGCCGGGUCGCUGACGUCAAGGGAAGACCCCAACCAGCGCUCGAGCACUAAGGGAGUUCAGCACCUCGGCCCGGCCACAGACUUCUAUAAGAAACUGGCACUGGACUGCUCGGGGCAACAGAUCGCGGUGGAUCUGUUCCUGCUCAGCUCCCAGUACACGGACCUCGCUUCGCUCUCAUGUAUCUCUAAGUAUUCGGCGGGCAGCAUCUUUUACUACCCCUCCUUCCAUUACAUCCACAACCCGGCUCAACUGGAGAAGUUCCAGAAAGAUCUGGAGCGCUACCUCAGCAGGAAGAUCGGCUUCGAGGCGGUGAUGAGAAUACGAUGCACUAAAGGUUUAUCCAUCCACACGUUCCACGGUAACUUCUUUGUGCGCUCCACCGACCUGCUGUCCCUGGCCAACGUGAACCCGGACUCUGCCUUCGCUGUCCAGAUGUCGAUUGAAGACUCUCUGGCAGACUCGUCUCUGGCCUGCUUCCAGGCUGCUCUGCUCUACACCUCCAGUAAAGGAAAAAGGAGAAUCCGGGUCCAUACUCUGUGUCUGCCGGUGGUCAACCAGCUGAGUGACGUGUAUGCCGGAGCUGACGUUCAGGCCAUCACUUGUCUGCUCGCCGACAUGGCCAUCGACCGGUCGAUAACGUCCAGCCUGUCAGAUGCUCGUGAUGCUCUGACGAAUGCGGUGGUGGAUCUGGUGAACGCCUACAAGAGCAACGUGUCCAACCUGCAGCAGACCGGCGUCGUCCUCCCGGCCUCCAUGCGCCUCUUCCCCGUUUACAUCCUCUCUCUGCUCAAACAGAAAGCCUUGCGGACGGGCACCAGCACGCGGCUGGACGAGCGGGUCUUCGCCAUGUGCGAGUUCAAGACGCAGCCGCUGCAGCAGCUGAUGCGGAUGUUUCAUCCUGACCUGUACCGGCUGGACAACAUGUCUGACCAGGGGGCGCUGCGUCUGAACGACACCGUGGUUCCUCAGCCUCAUCUGCUCCACCUGUCUGCUGACAGAGUGACCAGAGACGGAGCUUUCCUCAUGGACUGUGGCAACGUGUUUUAUUUGUGGAUCGGCAAAAGCUGCGACGACCUGUUCAUCCGAGAUGCUCUGGGCUGCCCCAGCUACGCUUCAAUACCCGCCAACAUGAGUCACAUUCCUGAGCUGGAGACGACUCUGUCUGAGAGAGUGCGAGCGUUCCUCGACUGGCUGCAGGACAACCGAGCGUUCAGCUCCACGAUACACGUCCUCAAGGACGGUGCUUCGGCUAAAGCUACUUUCUUCCAGUAUCUGGUCGAGGAUCGGUCCGACUCGACUUUCUCCUACAGUGAAUUCCUGGAGCACAUUCAGCAGCAAAUGUCCUAGUCGGCUCCCGUCACACAGAGAGAAACUGUGGCCGCUGGAGUCCUCAAACCAGAGCAAAGAUUUGGGAUUCCGGCCUCGUAGAGAGCAAACUAGCGUUAGAAAUGAUGGACAUCCGUCGCUCCUUCGUUAGCGAGGCGGGUUAGCUCCCGUUCCUCCAAACAGUCUCAUUUAACAGACCCCCCCCCCCCCCCCCCCACGUUAAUCGGUCAGUCGGGAUGUGACCAUCGGAAAGGGGAGGAGGGUGAUAGUUGUAGAAAAGAAUAAAUGAAUGGAGGAUUGGAGGCUCCUCGCUGCCUCUGAACCACUGUCCUCCCCCCCC